CUCUUCUUGCUUUUUAUUAGCCUCUCCUGACAUUCUAUGGCGGCGGUUGCCUCAUUCGCUCCUUCCAUCUGCUCAAAGCCAUCAUCCAGCCUUCGAAAGUCUGCUAAAACUCUAGGUGGCCUUAGUUUGGCCUUCUCGUCCAACCAAUCGUUGAUGUCGUUCAAAGCUACCAAGAUCAGUACCGGAAAUGUUCAUGGUGGUGGCUCAGCUCUCGCCGCUAGCAUGGUGUCGGUACCUGCAGUGGAGUCUCUGACUUCUCUCGAUUUCGAGACCUCUGUCUUCAGGAAGGAGAAGAUCUCCCUCGCUGGACACGACGAGUACAUUGUUAGAGGAGGGAGGGAUUUGUUCAAGCUGCUGCCGGAUGCUUUCAAGGGGAUUAAGCAGAUUGGGGUUAUCGGUUGGGGUUCUCAGGGACCUGCUCAAGCUCAGAAUUUAAGGGAUUCCCUUGUUGAAGCAAAAUCUGAUAUUGUGGUUAAGAUUGGACUUAGGAAGGGCUCUCGUUCAUUUUCUGAAGCUCGUGCUGCUGGUUUUACUGAAGAGAAUGGGACUUUGGGUGAUAUAUGGGAAACUGUUUCUGGCAGCGAUCUUGUGUUGCUAUUGAUUUCUGAUGCUGCACAGGCAGACAAUUAUGAGAAGGUGUUCUCUCACAUGAAACCAAACAGCAUACUUGGGCUUUCCCAUGGCUUUCUUCUUGGCCAUUUGCAGUCAAUGGGGCUUGAUUUUCCAAAGAACAUCAGUGUAAUUGCUGUAUGCCCCAAAGGUAUGGGACCAUCCGUGAGGAGGCUUUAUGUCCAAGGCAAAGAGAUAAAUGGUGCUGGAAUUAAUUCGAGUUUUGCAGUCCACCAGGAUAUUGACGGUAGAGCCACUGAUGUUGCAUUGGGGUGGUCAGUUGCCCUUGGUUCUCCUUUCACAUUUGCUACAACAUUAGAGCAGGAGUACAAGAGUGACAUCUUUGGGGAGCGAGGCAUUUUACUUGGUGCUGUUCACGGAAUUGUGGAGUCCCUUUUUAGAAGGUACACUGAAAAUGGAAUGAGUGAGGAUUUGGCUUACAAGAAUACUGUGGAAUGCAUAACAGGAAUUAUUUCAAAGACCAUUUCAACACAGGGCAUGUUGGCUGUGUACAAUGCAUUGUCUGAAGAGGGCAAAAAGGAAUUUGAGACUGCAUAUAGUGCCUCAUAUUAUCCAUGCAUGGAUAUUUUGUAUGAGUGUUAUGAAGAUGUAGCCACUGGGAGUGAAAUCUGCAGUGUCGUCUUGGCUGGGCGGCGCUUUUAUGAAAAGGAUGGUCUCCCAGCUUUCCCAAUGGGGAAAAUUGAUCAGACACGCAUGUGGAAAGUUGGGGAGCAGGUCCGGAAGUCACGACCAGCCGGUGAUUUAGGGCCAUUAUAUCCAUUUACAGCUGGUGUCUAUGUGGCAUUGAUGAUGGCCCAGAUUGAGAUCCUUAGGAAAAAGGGGCAUUCCUAUUCUGAGAUCAUCAAUGAAAGUGUGAUAGAAUCUGUGGAUUCUUUAAAUCCAUUCAUGCAUGCCCGAGGAGUUUCUUUUAUGGUUGACAACUGCUCUACAACAGCACGGUUGGGAUCAAGAAAGUGGGCACCUCGAUUUGAUUACAUCCUUACACAACAGGCCUUGGUAGCAGUGGAUAUUGGUACUCCAAUCAACCGAGAUCUGAUUAGUAACUUCCUUUCAGAUCCAGUGCAUGGAGCCAUUGAAGUCUGUGCUCAGUUAAGGCCUACUGUCGACAUUUCUGUGACGGCUGAUGCUGAUUUUGUGCGACCUGAGUUGCGUCAAUCUAGCACUUAAGCUCUAUAAGGUUGUUUAACCAUGCGGCAGCCCACAAAAAUCCUAUCUAUAAGGUUGUUUUAGGGAGAGACACUUCUGCUUGAAUGAAUGAGUAAUGUAUUGUCAUCUUUAGUGUACUUUGCCUUGACUUGCUAGUUUGUAAUUGGAGGAUCGAAACUUUAUGUAUUGCUUUAGAACUUGGAUCUGAACAACCAUUGGCUUUGGCCUUUCCGUAGCUGUAAUCGUCUGUGAGAAGCACUUUUAAAAAGCCCUAGGUUUUGGUUCAGAGGAUAGUGGAUGCUUUCUUUGCUUCUUUAUGGAUGAAUCAUAAAUCAUGCUCUUUGACUGCAAUAAGUCCAUUACAUUCUG